UAAACAUUUAGCGUAACCAACAAAUCAGAAAAUUUCCAAAAGAAGAAUAGAAUAGAAUAGAAAAAAAUUAUUGCAACAGAAUACAAUAGGAAAAACGCUAGGAAAUAGUUAUAGUACUUAGUGCUGGAAUGCAAAGGCGGCAUCAUCACUAAAACUAGUAAACUAGUAGUAGUAAUAAUUAUACAAAUAAAGCGGUGAAAGCCUAGUGGCUAAUCCGUUAGUUGGCCAGCGUUAUAGCCCAUAAAAAAAAAUAUUCCAUUCCGUGCCCUGUAGUGGACAGUGGGCAAGUAAUGAGUUAAUAAUGAUGUCGAUGGACAGAUCAUGAACGGAGAUAGCUAUGAUUUGAUGCGAAAUGUUCAACGGUCACUCUGACGUCUUUGGGAUUCGUUGUUGAGUAUGCAGUGUGGCGUGGGUGGCAUCAGGUCAUAAUACAAACACCAUUCCAUGACGCAGGUUGUUAUUGGACGACAUUACGUUUAGUUAAGUGCCUAAGCGUUAAUGGGAUAGCAGCUGCAGUAAAUGUCAAAGAGAAAGCUGGUACAAGUUCCUCACUCGGAAUUGUAAUCAUCACACCUGAGAUUAAAGGGAAUGCUCUCAAAAGUAUUACGUCUGCAAUAGACCAGUUAAACGAAUGGGAAAUGAAUACAUCCUCUUAUGACUGGUUAGUGAUGGCUAAAUCAGUGAAAGAUUUUGAAAUUUUAAGUAAUGUUUUGAAUGCAACCGCUUUGCGAUUCGAUCAGAAUUUGGUCUUGGGUAUAACUGAUGAGCAAAGAUCAACCUAUUUUGGCCUCUGUGAACAAAACUUUAGGUACAAAGAGAAUGUUAGAACAUGGCAAAAUAUGAACAUACCGCAUAAUUCAAGAGCUAAUUUAUUAUCUUAUUCCGAUUCAGAAAACAUGUAUUCUUUUGACGAUGAGAAAGAAAAGACGGUGAGACAUUACUACCGAACGACAGAGAGAUUUAAAAAUAUUGCGAGAAAUCGGAAAUUCGAGGAGCUUGAAAAAAGUUGGCCAUUGUCACGAUCAGGAAUUCUUAGUUACAAUUUUUCUAGCACUUUCGAUUUCUUGAAUAUUAGCCAGUUUCAUUUAAAAAGUUUCGUAAGGAAGUGGAGUGGUUUAAAUAAUAUCAACAAAACAAGUUUCAAUGUCUAUCUUAUACAAUGUUUCAAAGUACGCAUCAAUUCAACGCUUUAUGUAAAAUAUUUGGGUGCAUGGAGUAUAAAACGAUCUAUGUCUUUAGUGGAUAUCCCAUACCCAGUUGAAGCUCGCAAUUUUUUGGGGGAGAAGUUUAUAGUGGGGAGGUGUAACUCUUCCGUAGAAGGUUCUGCCACCGCCUUAGACGAUGAUGGACCAUCUGCUCCUCAGUUAUUGGAUGACAUACUUCAAUUUGUCGCUCUUCGACUGAACGCUACGUACCUUACACGAUAUUACGGCAAAUUGGGAUUCCGUACAUACGAAGGCGCUUGGACCGGCCUUCUUGGAGCUUUGAUGGACCAUUCCGUAGACAUGGCGUUAGAACCAGUAACAGCGAUAGCUCCACGGCACAAGGAUAUGGAUUUCAUUUUUCCUAUAGCUGAUACAAUAUGCAACAUUUAUAUUCGUCACCAAGAAACUUCAGCAGUUCGUGACAUAUUUCUAGCACCAUUUAGCUCAAAGCUAAUAGCUUGUGUUGCGUGUAUGGCAAUUGUGGCUGCUGUCGCAGUUGUGAUCAUAAGUAGAUCUUCCAAAUCACAGGGCACGAGGCCCAUUACCUGCAUUGAGGGUAUCAUUUGGUCAACUGGAAUUCUUUGUCAACAAGGUGGAACAUGGACUCCACAGACUCCGGCUGCGAGCAUCCUGCUCAUAGUAUGCCUAUUUUUUGCUCUGGUCACCUAUAACGCGUAUGCAGCUUUUAUAACCUCUGUGCUGUCUGUACGAGUGGCCAGUGUGAGUUCCCUCACUGAUGUGCUUCAGUCUAAUUUGAAGAUUGGCUACGUAAGGAAUGGAGUCGAUCAAAUGUAUUUAAUGUCAACUAAAGACGUGCAGCUCAAUGCUUUCUACAUUCGCGGUUAUUCUGAGGCAGAAAAUUUGGUGUCUUCAGCAGAGGAGGGCUUGGUGAGGGCUGCGAGUCAAGAUUACGCCUUUUUCGCUGGACAACGUGUGGCUCGUUCUACACUCAGGUCUCUUAGCCAAGCCCGUGGUCGCUGUGACUUGCGUGAAUUGCCCGUGCAGUCAACGCGAGCUCAGCUGGCCUUUCCCCUUCCUUCAAGAUCUCCAUAUGCGCGACCUAUCCUUGUGAGUCUUUUACAGUUACGUAGUGGGGCUGUGCUGUCGAGACUUGAAGCGGCGUUGGUCCCAGCCAUGCCGCAGUGCACGCCACCAUCCGGUUUUGCCUCCGCCCGCGCAGAAGAUGUCAGAACCGCGCUCUUUGUGAUUCUGGCGGGACUGCUAACCGGGCUAUUGCUAGGAAUUGGAGAAUAUUCUUGGAAUAAUCGGAGCAAAUACAGCCGUCUGUUCAAGAAACGCUUUCAACGUCUUCUUUUUUGAAUAUUUUUCUUUUACCUAGGUAUUAUAUUACAUAAAUUUUUAGAUUUAUUUGUUACUUAUUGUUAUAUAGUCUUUUCAUAAGAUUUUGUCAUUGAAAUUGAGAUUCAAUAUAAAAUUUGGAAGACUUUUCCUCUUAGUCUUAAGUUGAAUAAAUGUGAAACUCUUAACUGUAGAAACUUAAAUUGCUUUAGACAUUUGUAAUGACGAUUAAUUAAUUCACAAAAAUGUACACAAAAAAUAAAUUUUAUCAGUUUAAAUAACUUUAAUUUAACAUAUUAACGCCCGAUGUUAAGAAUCAACUGUACCUUACCUCAAUCUUCAAAUGGUGGAGUGAAUGAAAUAGUGCUAUCUUUAUCUAGGGGUAAAAAUAGGGAAAGGAACAAUCAAAGUCAA